AUGUUGCUCGCCGAGGACCCCGCGACGCUCAUCCACCACACCAUCAACAACUUCAACAUCCAGCCCGACAAGCUCGCCGUCGCGCGCGUCACCGAGUCGCUCUCGACGCUGCAGCAGGCGCGCGACCUGCGGGUGCGCGACGCCGAGGCCUCGCUGCGCAAGCUCGCGCGGCAGCUGGCGACGCUCGAGUCGCAGCACGAGCACGAGGCCGCCGCGCACUCGUCGCCCGCGGACCACGCCUCGCGCAUCGCCACGCUCGACACGCAAAAGUUUCGCACCGCAAAGGCCGCCUCCGACGCCGAGAUGGAGGCCGAGCGCCUGGCUUCUCGCGCCGCCGACCUCGCCGCCCGCCUCCAGGAGCUCGACCUGCAGGGCGUCGAGGGCGACUUGGGCUCAGGAGGGGACGGCGGCCGCAGGGGGAAGGACCCCGUCGAUGAUGAGGUCCUCCUGCGGCUCAAGGUGUAUCGCAGCCUGGGCAUCGACAUUGAGCGCGACGGCCGCGACGGCGAGUGGUCCCGUGCCGUGGUGCGCAACGACCGCAAGGGCGACGUCCACGUCGUCAACAUGGACAAGAAGUUCUCGCGCUUCUUUUACGCAAACUACUUUUGGCAGACCUUGUGA